CUCCACCAUUGCAAUGCUAAGACUGCCUCUAUUGGCUGUUUACCAGAUAGCCAAUAGAAGCCCUUUCUGCAGUUUCACUUUGCACAAGGACAUCCAGCAUGAAGCAAAACCCCAUUGGAAAGCAUUACUCACAGCAUAUGCGCAUUAAGUCUUCCACCCCCUCUCCCCCAUCGGCUGGAAGUCGGCUGAGGAGGAGCAUGACCAGUGGCGCUGGAAUCAGGUACUUGACUGAAAGUUUUUUUUUUUGUUUUUUUUUUUUUACUGGAUGGGUGGAGUGGGUGCAGGAACGGCAGGAAACUUUAGGAAUACAACACCGUAAAUCUGAGUAUUUCAUAAAGAUUCCAUCUUUAUGAAAUACUUAUUUUGAAGGGGAAUGACAGUGCAGUUUUAAAUUAGAAUUUCUUAUAUCCUGUUCUUUUAACCCCUUCACCAUAACAGGUAUUUGAAGUAAGUAAUGCAUAGCUUGCAUAUAAACAUGUCAUUGCACAGCAAUUUUGUGUAUAGAUUUGCAGACAAACUUAAAAGUUAAAAAUGUGUAAAUAUACCUAAUAUAUUAAAUUUUUCCCUUGUUAAUUCAUCCUUAAAAUAUUUGGGAAAUGAAAAGCUUUAGACAGUAAAUAGUAUCCUUUAUCUUGCAAUAUUUCCCACAAGGUCUGACAUGUUGGUAUAAAAGCAAAAAUGUGACACAUGGCGAGCACAACACCCAAACACCCGGGACUUCACAUUUUACUCCCAUCCACACAGGUCCCACUCACGCAUUGAUAUGUUUUUAAUAUCCCCAUCCUUACUACCAAUCCUCAAGUCAAGGGCUAUAGGUUCAAUCACAUGGUCGGACCAUACCGACAUAUCGCUCACUCUCGAACCACCGGGAGAACCCCAGCAAUGGUCAUUGCGGCUGAACCCCACGCUGCUACACAACCCUGCCAUCAGGGAGUAGGUCUCACAGGCUAUCAAAGACUAUUUCUCCAUUAAUAAAGACUCUGUGACCUCAAAAGGCACCUUAUGGGCAGCACACAAGACGGUCAUCAGAGGAACCCUCAUUAGCCUAGUAUCACACCACAAAAAACAACGCCUGACACAACUCGACCACACCCUCACGGAACUCCGCACCCUCGAAUUACAAUUCAAACUCAAUCCCACACCUGACCUAAACACGAACAUUGUGCUGUGCCAGGCCACCAUAAAGGACUUUAUGUCCGCAGACACAGCUAAGGCUGUCCAAUGGACCAGACAGCUGUUCUACGAAAAGUCCAACAAAGCAAACACCCUCCUAGCAUGAAAACUAAACCGCAGGGCAACUCAUAAACAGAUAACAAAAGUCCAAUCCAAAGAAGGAAACACGUACGAAACACCUGAAAAAAUAGCCACGGUAUUCCAAGAAUACUUUUCCGAACUCUACGACCAUAGCCCUCACCACCGUAGCGAUCCCACCCUCCUCACCAAACGAAUAGACGACUACCUCGACUCCAUCUCCCUACCCACACUAACCCCUGAAGGGGGCAGGAGACUCACAGCAAGCAUCACCGCAGAAGAGGUAGCAAACACGCUAAAAAUUCUGAAACAAAUGCAUUGGCCCAGACGGCUUCUCGGGCCUCUAUUAUAAAACAUUCGCUGCCCCCCUACUCACACACCUCAGUGACCUAUUCAACUCGAUACUCGCGGGGGACCAUCUACCCCCAGACAUGCUCCAAGCCAACAUUUGCCUCCUCCCCAAGCCCGGCAAAUCCCACUUAAACCCCGGCCACUUCAGACCCAUAUUUUUGCUCAAUGUAGACAUUAAGAUAUUCACAAAAGUAAUGGCAGAAAGACUCAACCCACUCCUCUCCAAACUCAUCCACCCUGACCAAGUAGCGUUCAUCCCGAACAGGCAGGCAGGCGAGAACACGAGGCGCACGUUCGACCUCAUCUGGUUUGCAAAUCACUGACGAAUCUCCACCCUAAUCCUCUCCCUUGACGCCGAAAAAGCCUUUGACAGACUACUAUGGCCCUUUCUCUUCGCGGCCCUACGAAAAUUAGGAUUCCCACGCGCCUUCCUAGACGCCCUACAUACACACUACUCCUCCCCCACUGCCAACCUCCUCCUUCACCUCUCCAAACCCCCAUCCUUUCGAAUUAUGAACGGGACGCGCCAGGGAUGCCCCCUCUCACCAAUCCUCCUUGAACCGCUUCUCCAAGUCAUCAGAGUACAAAACAGCAAACAGGGUCUACACAUACGAGAUGAGGAAUUCAAAAUAGCAGCUUACACGGACAACGUCCUCCUCACAGUGACCGACCCACUACACUUACUCCCACCCUUAAUUACUGCACUAAACACCUGUGCUGCGGUCUCUGGCUACAAACAUAACCUAGACAAAACCGAAGCCCUCCCACUGAACAUGGACCAACAGACCCUCCAGUCCCUACAAACACGACACCUGUUUAAUUUCCGGGACUCAGCUCUCCAAUACCUAGACACCAUCCUCCCCGCAGACCUGGCACAAACCUACCAACAAAACUACUCUCCUAGACAAGGCCACGCAGGACCUGGAGAAAUGGAGAGAUAUGUCAAUUUCCCGAAUUGGCCGAAUGACCUCAGUAAAAAUAAACCUCCUACUGCGGUUCUUGUACCUCUUUCAAACCCUACCAAUCCCCAUAAGGACGUUGGACUUCAAAAAACUCCAAACCAGCAUUGACAAAUUCAUAUUAGCCAAUAAGAGACCCAGAAUCGCGUGACAAACGCUGUACGUCCCGAACAAAACCGGCAGACUCGGACUGCCCAAUCUCACUCAAUACUUUCACGCCGCUCAACUCGCACAGACGGUACAACUUCAUGCCCCCUACGGCCCUAAACGCUGGGUCGACUUAGAACUCACCAUAUUUGGCAAAGACUUCCCAUCCUUAUACAUCUGGCUCCCGGAACAUGCCAGGCCUCCUAUUCCCCCCACACCUCCCUCAUUACUCACGAAGAUCAAAACCUAGGACAAACUCACAGGGAAACACAACCUCAUUUCGCACCCAUCCCCGCUCAUGCCUCUUCUCUGCAACACAAAGUUCGUACCAGGUAUGAUUCCCAGAGACUUCACACACUUUGAGGACAAUGACCUGACUCGCAUUCACCAAUUCUACAAAGACCAAAAACUUAUACCAUUCGCGGAACUACCACAACACUCUCCCCUCACAACGCGCGAUUUCUUCCGCUACAUCCAAAUCCGGAGCUUCCUGAAUGAACCGACCCUAAAACAGGCAUGCACCCCCCCCCCUUCACACCUCUCGUAUAUGCGUGCACUAAAAACCCACUCCAUAAGGGCCAAAUUUCCAUGAUAUAUACCCUCUUUAGCCACAAAAAUAGGCAGGGCUCCCUAACUUACAUGUCAGCCUGGGAAAGGGAUUUGGGCCCGAUAGAAGACCCUAAAGACUGGACUGCCAUCUGGGAAGCCACAGCAAUGAUCUCGAUUUGCGUUCAACCACAAGGAACAAGCUUAUGAGACACUCCUUAGAUGGUACCUUACACCACUACGCCUAAAACAAAUUAAACAGACCGACCACAACUGCUGCUGGAAAGGAUGCGGGUGCAGAGGCACCUACAUCCACCUCUGGUGGGAAUGCACCCAGAUAUCCGCACUGUGGCACAAAGUGUCGCAGUUAGCAAUGCGGAUACUACACAUGGACAUCCCGAUGGACCCAUGGUUAUGGCUCCUUUCGAGACCACUCUGGGACACGCCAAGAGCAAAAAACAAACUAACAGCCAAACUAGCCCUAGCCACUAGACGGGCAGUCGCGGAGAAAUGGGGAAGCCCAGAAAUCCCAUCCCUUGACCAAGUCAAACACAAAAUGAAUGAAGCCAGGGAAAUGGAUAAACUAUCUGCAUUUAUACAUGACACAACCAAACACUUCGACAAAAUAUGGGAACCCUGGAUAUACAAAUUCCCAAUUCCACCUUAGAACCCUCCAACUGGGAUGGACUAGGCGGGUGAGGACCUCCCCUCCCCCGGGGAGAACUACCAGGCAGCCUGUUAUGUCUCCCAGCACCUCCCAUCUAUACCCCAUCCCCAAACCCACACAACCCGAUUAAAUUAACCUAUCUGCUCACCUUUACCCACCCCAUCCUGCUGAACCUCACUCCAACACACCGCACAACACAAAGACGAACACCCUCACACUGCGCUGGACGCGGUGGUCCUGACUCCACUCACUGAUGGGACAGACGACUCGCCACCAAACUAAACAGUACAAACCAUACGACAUAGAAACUCAACCGCCACUCUCUGGUAACUCCGGCCCCAACACAUGUACACAAAUACCCCUCACCCAAACCAAUUGGACUCAAUCAUAACCUAACGAGAACUCACUGGAGUACAAGGGGAAGACAAAAACAGAGACAGAACCCAACAAGGAACCAAACACCUUUACACCCUAAACAGACAAGGGGUCACCAUAAACAAACUAUCGGGAGUACCACGACCCACAGGUAAUCCCUCCAGCUACAUAACAUACGCUUAUGGACGAGUCACCCUAACACACAUUAACAUCCUCCCCAUCCCCCCCUCUCUCCCAACACCCAUUUCAAAGACACCACAACCUGUACCAUAGAGGAGACCAACAAACCACACCCCCUAGGACAGGAACCACACCUGAUCCCAUGAACACAAAGCUCAGCAUACUUGCACUCCCCUACUACGCAACGGAUCGAAGAAGAACGCCUCACACACCCUCACCAAUGCACAACAAUAUACCCGAGGGAUAUACACACCCCCAUGACUCAGACUUACGGAAAGACAAUCCCAUAGGACCCACCGGUGACAGGAACUAUCCCCACUACGGACACCCUAACGAACCCACCCACACCAACCAAGGUAGAUCUGCCUUGACUACCUGCACAGCAUAGCAACAUUAGUUAUAGCACGGAAGUUCAGAAAUGUGUGUCUAGAACCAUAGCAAUAACAAUCUUAUUUUCUUCUGUACCCCUUCCCCCACGAUAUAACAAAUAUGUGAAUAAUAAGGAAGACAUCGUGACACCUAUAUACGUUACAAACACGACGAACAACCUGUAAACUUGCUCUAUGAUUAUCAUCGUCAUCGUAAAUCUAUGUAUGCUAUGCAAAAAUGUACUUAUAACUGUCCUCCCAAUCCCUCCUUCUCUUCUGUACCUCUCCUCAUAUUCAAAAAGAAAAAUCUCUCAAAUAAAGAAUUUAUAAAAAGAAAAAGCAAAAAUGCAAUUUUUCUCACAUACAGUAGGUGUGACAAAAAUAUAUCAAUAAAAAUGGUCAAAUACCCUUAUAUGUAUUUGUAAGAACCCUGAAGGCAUUACUAGCCGUGCAGCUUCAUGAAAAUGUCAAUAGAAUGUCAAAAUAAUGUCUGCAUUUGAGUAUAAUGUCCACAUACAGUAAAUACAGUUAAAUAGAAUAUUUCUAAAAUAAAGGUAUUUAAAGCUGCCAUAGCAAUCUUUAUCCAUCUCUGGACUGUUAAUGUACAGUGAAAUGGUAGUCAAUUCACCCCUCCUCCCCAUCGUGACUGUAAGAAUGGUAUCACCCAGUGACACUUCCUGUACUAUGUAAAAGCAGGGAGUGAGCUUACAUUUUCAGCUACUUAUUAUUCAUGAUAUUAGUGACUAGUUGCUACUGGCAGAGAAAUUCUUUCCUCUUCGAGCUGGUAAUCAUAGCUAGAGUAUGAGGGUGAGAGAGGUGGUGUGGAUUAGAUUUUAAACUGAAAAAACACAUGACAAAAAAACUUUAACACCAGAUUAUUGUAGUGAAUAGAUUAAUAGCUUGCUAGACCCUGUAGGAGUUCUUUUUCUGUGUGUGAUUAAAGUUCAAUUUACAGAGCAGGGGAUAAAAAUGUCUAAAGCUAAUUAACAUCUGAUUAAAAUUGAAACCUUUUUUUCAUGUAGGCUGUGUGAGUCACAGCCAGGGGGAGGUGUGGCUAGGGCUGUAUAAAUAGAAACAAAAACAAUGCAACUCCUCUAUGACAGAGCAGUGGAUGCAGGGAAUGCAGGUGCAUGAUCUGUGCUCCAAAACUGUCUGAUUAAGGUAAAGUUGUUUUAGUGUAUUUUUUUUAUUCUAGUCUGUACUGGUUGGUUGGAAAUACCUCUGCCAUCAGCCAAAUGAGGUCAUUGAAAUAUUGUAAACAUUUAAAAAAAAAUUUGAUCACCCAUUGCUCUUUGCUUCAAGUGAGAGAAUCCUUACAGAAGCGUGGUAGGUUCAUUUAAACACAAUUGCUUUCACUGUCAUUAUUUGCAUAUGUUUUAUUGGAGCAGUGCUCACUUUAUCUUGGUAUUAUGACAUUUAUAUAUAGAUAUUGUUACCAUAGAGCUACUGUACUGAGGAUCUGACAAGGCAUGGUGGAGAGCAGGCAGGGAUAAAACCUGUUAUAUCGCCGCCUUCUGUUUUUAACACUGUGUUGCCACAGUUGAUUGCAAGCUGCAAUACAUGGCCUCUAAUGUAGGACUGCCUUGGGGGAGUUAAUUCUAGGGGCAGGGGAUAUUUAUAAUAUUUGUUGCAGUGGAGGGCAGAGGUUGAGGAUCUGUGUUUGUGAGUGUCUGACUGCAUGUGUGUGUCUCUGGCCGUCAGUUUGACAGUGUAUGUAAGCUCUUUUGAGCAGGAUCCUUUUCGAUCUAUUGUUUCUAUAACAUUUUGUAACUGCCUCAUCUAAUGUUAAAUGGGCAAUUUUUAAUGGCCUUGGACUGAUAGUAGAGCUAUAUACAUCAUUCCAAGAGAGCACUGCAUACAGUUCUUUAAAUGGGGAUUUAAAUCCCCAUUUUCUGCAAUGUGGUGUGAGCAGGGUAAUCCAGUUAUCAAUCAAUGCAUGAACAUUGAGAAUAUCACUGCUAAGUGAUUGCAGUCCGCUGCAGUGAUUCUGAGCUUGCUGCUCUUAGGAGACUCCCAGGGUCUGAACAUUGUCUUCCUCGAGAUUGUGAUCAGUGCUGGGUUUUACAGGCUGCCCAGCACUGAUCAAUCUGUAAUCGGCAAAGACAGCACAGUAUUCAUGUGAUGCUAAAAACAGCCAGUAGAUGGUGGUCACAUACUGCUCUCUUGUUUUGACAUGGAAAUCCAUCUUCAGUUAUUAGCAGAGAGUAUUGAUUAGGCUAGGGUUAGUGUGAGGGUUAAUACUGUUUUAGGGUUAGGGAUAGUGUAGGUAUUCAGUUAAAUUUAGUAUAAGCACAGGAUUAGGGUUGGUUUAGGGUUAGUGUUAACUAUCACAAAUAUAGAUGCUAGACAUAUAAGGCACUUAACCACCAAGAUGCAUAUCAGGAGUUCUUUUUCUUUAGUUGCACUUGAUGUGUAAAAAUUAUAAAAGGCCAAAAAAUGCCACCCAACUCUCACUUCCCUAGUGCAAAUUCUAGGUUCUGUUUUCGUUCGGAAUUUGUACAAUUAUCUCUGUCUUAAACCCCUUAAGACCGCAGCCAAAUGUACAAGUUGUGAUCAAAACAAAACCUGGCAUUUGCGCUAUAUGUCUGUCCAACCGUAAUUCACCUCUUUCAUAUUAAAUACACUUAUUAUAUAUCAUUUUAUUCAGGGGAAACAGGGCUUUCAUUUAACAUCAAAUAUUUAGGUAUGGAACAUAAUUUAAUAUGAAUAAAAUAUUAAAAAAUGGGAGAAAAUAAGUUUUUUUUAAAUUUUCUUAGUUCUACGUGACAUUUUAACUGUGAAUGUCAAAAUACUGUUUGCUUUUACUGCAAUAAAAUGCACAUAUUUGUAUUGAGCGAUAUCUCACAUGUAAAACAGUACCCCCUAUGUACAGGUUUUAUGGUGUUUUGGGAAGUUACAGGGUCAAAUAUAGCGUGUUACAUUUUUCAUAUUUUUUACAUUGAAAUUCGCCAGAUUGGUUAUGUUGCCUUUGUGACCAUAUGGCAGCCCAGGAAUAAGAAUUACCCUCAUGAUGGCAUACCAUUUGCAAAAGUAGACAACCCAAGGUAUUGCAAAUGGGGUAUGUCCAGUCUUUUUUAGUAGCCACUUGGUCACAAACACUGGCCAUAGUUAGUGUUAAUAUUUGAAAAUGCAAAAAACUAAUUUGAACGCCAAUUUUGGCCAGUGUUUGUGACUAAGUGGCUACUAAAAAAAGACUGAACAUACCCCAUUUGCAAUACCCUGGGUCUAAGCGUGGUACAAUCAGCGUUACUCUAAGGUGCGACUGACUCCAACAUCGAAAUGGAAGGUGUCUGACUGAAGGAAUAAAGUGAUAGAUUUGUUCAACGAGCAGAGAUAAUUGGCUAUAAGCUAAGUACCUCUCUCUUUUUAUUUUUUCAUUUAUCUAUAAAGUAGCUGGAUGGGUGAAACAGUAUAAGGGGCAAGUAGAGAAAGCAAGGCGGAAGAUAGAUACACGAGCAAUCAAGUCACAGAGGAAGAAAAAAAAGAGGAAGGAGGACUGACUGUCAAUAAAUACAGUAUACAGCCUGUUUAGCUUCUAUCUGGAUAUCGUUCCCAGCCUUCCUUAUUACUCACAAAUAAUUGAAAAGUAAUGCCUCAGUGUUAGAGCGAAACUUCCCUAAAUAUAAAAUAGAGCUAAAUGGAAGGGAGAGGAUAAAGGAAGGAGGGAGAACCUGAGAAAGGAGAAAGAAAAAAACAUAAUAAACUAGGAGAGUAAGGAGAAACAGAAAAAAAAAUAGACAACCAGAAGGGGGGAGUUCUCCUCCUCCGAUCCUCCUUCUCUCCUCCCCGUCGGCUGAAUGCGCACGCGCGGCAAGAGCUGCGCGUGCAUUCAGCCGGUCACAUAGGAAAGCAUUAUCAAUGCUUUCCUUUGGACUCUGGCGUGCUCUCACUGUGAAAAUCACAGUGAGAAGCACGGAAGCGCCUCUAGCGGCUGUCAGUGAGACUGCCGCUAGAGGGAAUGGGGGAAGGCUUUACCCAUUCAUAAACAUAGCAGUUUCUCUGAAACUGCUAUGUUUAUAAAAAAAAUGGGUUAACCCUAGCUGGACCAGGCACCCAGACCACUUCAUUAAGCUGAAGUGGUCUGGGUGCCUAGAGUUGUCCUUUAAGUGUUUAACCAUUAAACAACCAUCUUGACUACUACCGUGGGACAGCACAGAACUUGGAGACCUCUGAACCAUUUGCUUUGCACACUCUUUUAACCUUUUAAAAAGGAACUGUAUUUGCUGUUUAUCAUAUUUAAAAUCUACAUAAAUAUUAAAUUAAAACCAUCCGAGUUAGCAUGUGCUUUCUUUUAGCACAUAUGGCAUUCAGUAUCAUGAGACAAGUCAAACAACCACUUGAGGAGAGAGAAAUCCAUUCCCCUACAGGCUCGUAAUAAUUUCGGGAAUAUAAAUGAAGUUGAAACUUUAUAGAAUAAAAUCCAUUUUGCAAAGUAAAUUAAAGCAAAAAUGUAUAUACUUGCUUCUGGGAGUGAAGGGAUUAAAGACUGUGACCCAAUUGCAGACUAGCCAGGUAAUUGUAACAGAUAAAUCUCCUGUACCAUGGUUAAUAUGCUUGUAAAACAAAUGUCCGAUGAUAGAACCUCUUUAAUCAACUAUAUAUGUAAAGUGCUUAAUUAUUAAUACUUAUAUUUUCUUUAGAGAACAUUGAUUUAUAUCCAACCCUUGGGAAUUAAAUUAUUUCACUUUAUACCUAGGUAAUGAUGAUCGAUCAUGGCAUCGCUAAUGCAAUAACAAAAAGCCACGCGGGACUGCAUGAGUUAUGCACCUUGGCAAAUUCUGUAAAAUCCUUUCUGGGACCCAACAAAGCAUACAAGUUCAUCUUCGACCAAAGUAGCAAUGAGUGUACAUUGACUUGCUCUGCCCAUAGACUUCUGGAAGGCCUGGAUUUGAGCAGUGCUGUUGGACAACUUCUCAAUGAAACUGUUCAGGUUCAUCAUAAGACUUAUAAAACUGGAACAACAACUCUAUUUUUUCUUGUUGGGGCCUGGAGUACCUCUAUACUGGAAUGUCUUCGCCAAGGAGUACCUAUUCCAUUAAUCGUCUCAGUCAUGUUAGAGGGGCUCGGCUCAUGUAUUGAGGAAGUUCACUGUUUUCAGGAGGUUGUGAGCAAUGUACUUACUGCUAAAGAUUUUGAAAAGAAAAUGACAGAAGACAUGAUCAAAAGCCACUCCGAUCCAAAGAGUUCUAAUAGCAUGGCUGACUUAGCUUACUGCUCUCAGUCCUACCUUAAAUAUAACAAACACACAUCUGUGAACCAAAUGAACAGGGUGCAUUCUAACAGACAGGCUUGUCGAAGUAACAAGCUUUCUCAUAGUAGGUACUUUUUAGGUGCUCAAAAAGGUAUUCAGAAUCAGACAUGUGAAAUUCCCUGCUACAGUCACACCCUGGGAAUUCUGACAAAAGCUUUGAGUCAUGGCAAUCAAGAGGUUAUGAAUCAGGUUGAAAAAGCUAUUGACCAUCUUUGCAAAGAGACUCAAAAAAUGCACAUUGAACGAAAGACCUUCCAUGCAUCACAGUUUCAUGUAUGUUGCUUGCCAGGUCUAUCAGAAGUACAUUUGAAAGCUUCUUCUGGAUAUAUAACUUUAGUUCCCCUGGAGUGUGCUGCUAUCAUUAAAGUUCUAGAUGGCAAAUCCUUGCGUGUGCUUCUGUUAGAUGGAGAUUUAACUGAACAGUAUCGGCAUUUGGGCUUUAAUCGGGCAACCAACGUAAAGGUGACGUCUGAUAUUGUCAAUGUUGAUGAAACUAUGUCAAGAGAAUUCUGGGCACAGAGUGCUUGUAGGAAUAUCAUGGAAGCCAAUGUAGACUUAGUUUUAGUUAGAGGGGAUGUCUGCCCAGCACUUUCGACACUUUGUAUUCACAAGAAAAUCCUUGUGGUUACUCAUGUGAAGCAAAAUGUUCUCCAAGCUUUUAGUGAGGCCACAGGAGCAGAACCGAUAGCAUAUUUAUCACAAAUCAACCAAUGCUGUGUAGGAGGUGGAGCUUUGGUAAGCAUGUGUACCAAUGGGAACUCGGUAGUAGAAACAAGACAGAAAAUCGCUGUGACUAUUAAUGCCAAUAGAGUAAACCUGGUCACAUUUAUACUUAGCAAUAGACUAGUAUCUAUGUUGCAAAUCAUAGAAGAUCAAUUUUGGACUUGUUUAUAUAGAAUACACAAUGCUCUGCAGGACCAAAAGGUGUUUUAUGGAGGAGGUGCAGUUGAACUGUUGUGCCUCAGUCACCUUCAGAGACUUCAAGUAUCUGGUGGAGGAUCUUUCCAGUCAACACGUUUAUGGACAUCCACAACCACAUGUUACAAGGCGUCAAUCUAUAAAUGUCUGGCUAAAGGCUGGAACAAGUAUCUAUCUGCUCUACUUUGUAAUACAGGGAAUUAUUUGUCAGAGCUGGAUGCAAUGACCUUCAUACAAAAUGAAAUCCAAACCCUUAGCUGCUGUGAUUCUCCUUUGGAAUACCUCCGCAAUGAGUACAGUAAAAAGGUUUUAAUGAUUGAUUGCGUAGACCCUUCCGAAUCACACCAGUCUAUACCAGUGUAUGAUAAUGUUAUUCCAAAACUGGAAGCUUGGCGCUCUGCAUUGCAUUUGGUUCUAUUAGUGCUUCAGACAGACGCUGAGAUAAUUACCGGCUCUGCUGCUCAAAGUCAGAUAUUAAAGGCAGGCAUUUUAAAAGAUGAAUGGCUCUUUUUAUAGCUUUUGGCAUAACUGACUUUUUUUUCAUUCUGAUAAUUCUUCAAUUGUUACUUACAACAUAACAAAAUAUUUUUACCUUGGAGAGAAAUUCCCCCUUGUGAACCACAGUAGAAAACAGAAAUGCAUCUUUUUUGUUGGGUGUAG